AAGAAGCUAAAAAGAAUACUGACAUAUUUACGUGUAGUCUCGCUGGUUUUCGUUGCUUCCUGUCUUCGUUGCGACGCCAAUGGCUUCUACGGGCGAAAAAGAGUUUUAAUUUUUUGUGCGUAAUUUGUUGUUUCUUCAAUGUUGCUGGCGUAAAUUGGUUUAGCGUCUACUGCUGAUUAUUGUGUUAUUGAGAACAAAAACAGUAAGAGCAAUGGAUGUCGAAGAUGCAGAGAAUGAAGUUUCAGUUUCAUCUGCUAUUCUCAAUUCGAUAGCAUCUCGGCAGAAUGAAGUUCUUUCUCCAGAAGAUCUUGCUUGGGUUGAAUCCUGCCUAGUUAAAGAUUCUGAUAUUUCAGACACUGAUUGGAUCCCUUUGAAAAAUGCUUUAUUAGAUAUUAUCAGCUCCCAACCUCAAUCUUUCAGCACUGAAGGAGAAGACGUAAAAAUUCCUCCCUACAUUAUUAGUUCUGAAUAUGCUAAUACUGCAACAACUUCUGAUGAGAAACUUAAUCUGCAAUCUUCAACUUCUGAUGAGAAACUUAUUAUUCUGCAAUCUUCAACUUCUGAUGAGAAACUUAUUCUGCAAUCUUCAACUUCUGAUGGGAAACACUUAUCUGAGCCUUCUUCAACUUAUAAUGUUAACUCAUUACUGAUGGCAGUAGAAACAAGCACCGAUGAAAUUCCAGAUGAUGAAAAGACUGGUACUUUGCCAUCUAUCAAUCCUUUUCUGCCAACUUAUAAGGAACACCUGAAGGAGGAGAAUGAAACCAUUGAUUCUGGACUUAAUCUGGAUUCUUCCUCUUAUGAGAUGGAGCACCUUGCCGAGAAUAUCUUCAAAAUCUGGGAUUUUGAUAUUCAAUCUGAGGAAGGUGAACUGGUUAAACAGUUGGACAAAGCCCUAUCAGAGAAUUCCUUUCAAACAGUGCCACCAUCUUUUGAUGAUUCAUUGAAGUUGAAGGAUAGCUCACUCGAUGAUCUUAUUGCUGGCAUUGCUGACUUAUCAUUAAAUAAAAAUGUCUAGAGUUCUCUGAUUUUUUAACUCUGGUGAAGAUUGUUCUGUUAAAUUAUGUUACUUUCAAGUAUUAGCAUUAGUAUUUAGAAGUUAAAAGCCUUUUUUGCUUGUUAGUUAAAUUUAUUUUUAUUCGGAACAAUGACGAGGCCCUGAGGUAUCUUUGCAAUAUAGGACCCUCUUCUGCUCUAUACAAAACCACCUGUGAUAGGGAUUGAGAAAACAGGACAUACAUGAAAUUAGUGCUUAUUUUAUGACCUUGUUUCUUACAGUGAGAAGUCUGGACUGGAUGAUGGAUACUUAUUUUAUAAUCCAUGUGCUUAUCUAAGUUAUGAACCCAUUGCCUCUA